GCUAAUUUUUCCAAGAUCGAGGAAAUGAGCACAGGUGCGGCCUACUGUCAGCUUACUCACUUGUUGUUUCGAGAUUCCAUAAAUUUGCGCAAGGUGAAGUGGAACAGUCGUAACGAAAUGGAUCAUAUCAGUAAUUGGAAAAUAUUAGGUACUGCAUGGAAAACUUUAGGAGUGGAUAAGCCUGUACCAGUAGAGCGCUUGACGAAAGCGAAAUUCCAAGACAAUUUUGAGUUUCUACAGUGGUUCUUUAAAUUCUUCAAUGCAAAUUACGUUGACGAUGGAGAAGAUUACGAUGCAGUGACCGCUCGUGGUGGUGAGCCUUUACCUGCUGGUGCUAAAGGUCCUGCUCCCGCUCGUGCAGCCGCCUCGGCCCGAAGUGCCGUAAAUACUACCAUGCGAACUGUUGUUCCUGGUGUUCCUGCUGUAAAUGCCAAUGCCCGAACAGUUGUUCCUAAUGUCCCUGCGGCUAAAAAAGCAUCACCAACAUAUGCCCCCAUGUCUCGCACUUCCACAAACUCCCAAACAGAGUCGGUCGCUCUGAAGGAGUUGCAACAGGAAAAUGCAAAAUUGGCACAGCAGAUUGAAGAGGUAUGCCUCUGA